AACAACUUGCUCGUCGCGUCACCCGGCUCCAUCCAUGCCACGCGACUCUCUGUUCCACUUUACCCUUCCUCCCCAUUUGGUGCUGGCACCUUCGUACACUCCGUACACACUAGUAGGAAAACGCGGCACUGGGGCUUUGCGUUGAUGCGACUCGAGUGCCUCAUCCUUGGGAUGGUGGUCGGCCGGCUCGGCAAGCUUUGGCAAUGGAGGUACGGAGCACUGACUAGCUAGCCUAUUGGUAGUUGCCAAAGGCGCUGCUGCUGCUGUCUCCACGUUUCUGCUCUCUCUCUCCCUGCAAUAGCUCAACAGUCCCCAUGAGUCCACGAUCGGCUCGCCGGCAACAUGAUGAUGGCGUCGUCCUCCGCUACCCACGCAAUUGCCGAUUGGCGAGGGAAAAGUUGAAGCUGGAUGCGAAACAUCCCAAGCUUCACCUUUCUUUUGCGGACAUCAAUUAAAGAUCGAUACAUUCAUCAGUUCACCCCGUGUAGAUCCGUUUUAUGUCGAUUAGGUUUCGUGUUGUAGGUUUUCUUUUUCUUUUUUAUCUGAAAGACAAACGAGUGCUGCGAAUUGUCGUUGCUAGAUGUGACGCCUCAACUGUUGUACGAUUCCCCAAUUUCUGAGUUGAUAGCACACAAAAUGUGUUAGCACAACAAAUUGUAGAGUAUCAGGGAGAGGGUUUAGGAUGAUGCUGGGAUGCGAGCAGAUAAGAGACCUGUUGUCAGCCAAUGGAAUGCGGAGCCAGGAUUGUCCUGGGCCAUCAUGGUGCCUGAGCCCAGCACCACCUGGGCUGUGUUGUGGGGUUCGUAGGGUGAGUCGGUAAGGGCAAGUGACUAGUUAGUUUUCUUGCUCCUUCCUCCAAAAGAAAUGGUUAUCUUCCUCCUAGACCACGCGGCAAGCUAGCGGCACCAUGAUAUUCCAGUCACUGUGCCUUGGCGUCCUGCCAUUGCUGGACGCCGUCGGCGGUCUGGUUGCCGGUUUCCGCAGCUCCGUCGCCCUUCCUAGCCCGAGUCACGGUGCCCAGUUCACCCAUGUCCUCGGCGACGAGGAGACAGAUGUGGCUAAAUCCAGCCACGCCGCCGAGGACGGCGACCCUCUCGACCUGUGGCGGCUCUGGACGCUGGAUCUGCUCGACACCAGCCACGUCCACGCCGACCUGGUGUUCCCGUGCGCGUGCACUGUCGACAGCACUCCUCCGCGCUCGCAACGAUCCCAGGCGAAGCAGCGGAGGAGGAGAGCCGCCAUCGGAGGCAGGAGCAGCCGCGACGGCGGCUCGUUCCGGCGGCUGGCGGCGAGGCACGAGCGGCACCUGAUGUACGCCGUGGUGGUGGCCAUGCUGCAGGUGUUCCUGCGCCUGACGCGCGCCAACGCCACCACGCUGCUCCUGCCGAUGCUGGCGCAGGCCGCGGGCCGCGGGCGCGCCGCCGCCCGGGCCGGCGACGCCGUGCUGGUGCUGGUGAACACCUGCGGCGUCCUCGGGUCCGCCCUCGCCGCCAGGAAGUUCGGCAGGGAGGCCAUGUGCGCCAUCAGCGGCGUCCUCAUCGUCUUCUGCCAGGUCGCGGUGCCGGCGAUCAUGGGUGCCGCGCACGCGGGGCUGAGCGGCGGCGGCGCGCGGAUGGCGGGCGGGCACGCGGCGGGGAUGUUCGCGCUGGCGUGCGCCGUGUCGGGCGGGUUCAGCUGGGCGUGGGGCGCGCUGUUCUGGGCCGUGCCGGGCGAGGGCAUCCGGUCCGCGGGGCAGGCGGCCGGCGCGGCGCUCGGCUUCGGCCUCGGCUUCGCGCAGAUGCAGUGCUUCCUCCUCACGCUGCGCCAGCUCAAGCACGCCGCCUUCGCCUACUACGCCGUCUGGAUCUGGUCCUGAGAACCCGUGUGGCCGCCCCGGCGAUGCCGAUGCGCGCGCGCGCGCGUGCACCCCCACCCGUUGACACGCCGCAUCUCGAUCGCGGGGUUCGGGAACUUUGAGGAGGCUGGUCCUGGCCGAUCGCAUCGUAUCUGCCGCGGCUGCAGCUGUGCUCUUGCUCGCCGGUGACGGGGACGGACGGCGACCCGAGCAUGGUGGCGCCACAAUACUGCGCUCUCGUGUUCGCUGCCCUCGUCCGGCGACUUCAAGUGAUCGACGAAGCAAAGCCACGCCCACGCGCAUCGAUCCGUCCUCGCCCGUGAGCGUGAGCCAAUGAACUUGGCAUGCAUCUCGAUACUCUGUGUAUAAUGCGUCGCACUACAGACGGGACACAAGGAUAGAGACGUAUCCUCUCUAUUUUUUCUGCGUGGCGCGCCCGCGACACUCUACAUGAUUAAAGGUCGAUACUCGAUCAAAGAUGUAAAGUUCUGAAUUGCUGCUGAAUUGCUGAAUGCUGGGGGUAGUUUCGUUUAAGGAACCAGGGAUUGUAAUUAAAUUUAGAACUUUGAGAAAGAAAUGAAUGAACGAGCAAUGCAGGACGAACUA